AUGGAUUUAGAGCGCGGAACUGAAGCCCUCUUUUUGACCAUCUAUAUUGUGACCUUUGUGACAGGCAUGCCACUAAAUCUCAUGGCCCUUUUUGUACUCGCAAAAAAAUUUAAGCAGAGGUUAGUCUCAGUCGACAUAUUUUUAUUCAAUUUGACUAUUUCUGACUUGCUUCUCUUGGCGUUUCUUCCCUUCCGCAUGGUGGAAGCAGCAAAUGGAAUGAAAUGGAACAUGCCAUAUAUCUUCUGUACACUCUCAGGUUAUUUAUUCUUCAGUAGCAUUUACAUAACUUCACUAUUCCUUAUGACCAUAAGUAUUGAGAGAUAUAUGGCUGUUGCUUUCCCAGUAAAGUACAAGCUCUAUAAGAAACCACCCUAUGCUAUAGGAGCAAGCAUUUUCAUUUGGAUUUUUGCAUCAUCUCACUGCAGUGUAGUCUAUAUUGUGAAUCAUUUAGUCAAUUAUAACAAAACCGAGACCAAUAUUACAGUUUGCUACCGUAACUUUUCACCUGCUCAGUUGGCUAUUGUCUUGCCUGUACGGUUUGAGAUGUCUUUGGUUCUCUUUGUUGUGCCAUUUUUUGUCACUAUUUACUGCUACCUUAAUUUUAUUAAAAUGAUCAUGUCCCAAACCCGAAUUAAGAAGAAGAAAAGACAGAGGGCUAUAGGAUUGGUGGUGGCUACUCUUGUCAAUUUUAUUAUUUGCUUUUUGCCUUACAAUAUAUCUCAUAUUGUAGGAUUUAUAUCUCAUGAAAGCCCAAAAUGGAGAGAUUAUGCGCUGCUUUUGAGCGUAAUGAAUGCUAGUGUGGACCCUGUUAUUUUCUAUUUUUCAUCCUCUUCUUUAAGGAAUAUGUUUUUGGAUUGUCUGAUAUACGUUUUGAACAAAUUGAAUCUGAAAAGAUGGAGCCAAAUUUGCAUGGUGACCUGCGAGAAGGAAACUGAUGAUACAAAUGUGUCAUCAUGA